UGACAGUUCAAGCAGGCAUGCGCAGUGCGUUUCCACUGGCUCGGUGCUGAAGUUGGGCGGAUGGGUGAAAAAAAACACACCGCCGAUGGAUAUUUUACGCCAGCAUAUAAAUAUACAGUGUGAUACCUAAACGAUGACUGCUAGGCGCAUGUAAUGACACCAAAAUAGAAGACUGACAUCCAAAAUAAAAGGAUGCCGUCCAUCCAAAGCCUCUGUCCUUAGUGCUUCACCUGCUGGCCCAGUUCCUGUUUGUGGUGGCGACUUCCUGUGACACCAGGUUGGUGGGAAGGGGAUCCAUCGGCUACUCCUACCUCCACUCCUCGCCCUCCAAAUGGGCGAAAAAACUCCCUCGGUCACAUCCGUACUUCACUCUUUUCCGUCCUGCUAAAAGCCAGCCGUGAAAGCGAUGUUGUGAGUGGCGAAGCAAACCCCAGUGGAAUGAUUCCUACAUCGUGCUGCGGCCUGAUCUCCAACGUUAUCACCAUGAUUUUAAACCCUGACAUCACCAAGGACACGCGCUAGUUUGCAUGCCGCAGAGUGUGAGUGGAGGGGAGAUGAGAAAGCGGCAGCAGCCCCACAUCGAAGGACCCCCGCAGCCCCCCGGCCCCCCCACGCCCAACCCCUGCUGCCUCUGCUGGUGCGGAUGCUGCAAAUGCCUCUGGAACGAAGACAGGGUGGUCCCUCCCCGAGGGAUGGACAGCAUUGAAGCAACCGAGGAGCCGCAUCCGACUUUGGACGAGCUGAUCUCCUGGGCUCGCAGCUUUGAGCAGAUGAUGCGGUCGGACGAAGGCAGGAGCAUCUUCCGGGAGUUCCUGCGGUCGGAGUACAGCGAGGAGAACUUGCUCUUCUGGUUGGCCUGCGAGGAGCUGAAGAGGGAAUCCAACCCCAUGACCAUCGAGGAGAAGGCACGCAUCAUCUACGAGGACUAUGUGUCCAUCCUGUCACCAAAAGAGGUCAGCCUGGACUCGCGUGUGCGUGAGGGUAUCAACAUGAGCAUGGCCGAGCCCCACCGGCUGAUGUACGACGACGCCCAGCUGCAGAUCUACACGCUGAUGCACCGGGACUCUUUCCCGCGCUUCCUCAACUCCUCUGUGUACCAAGACCUCUUGGAGACCAAGAGGCGCUCCUGCCUAGACACCUAAAAAACGGGGCCAUGACACUUCGCCCUGAGCCUCACCUCUCUCUCCUUGCCGCUGAGCACAGACAGAGCCCUGUGACCGUACGUUUUUAUCACAAACACAACACCAACAAACUCAUGAACCAACCUGUAUAAAAACAAGGUGCCACACUGGGGAAAAACGUGUACUUUUUCUUUUUUUUUUCAAAAAGAGAAAAAGAAAGGUAAGCAAUCCUUCAAGCUCAGCUCAGUUCCUGUAUAAGUGCCCAAAUGGAACUUCUCAGGCAACUGUGACACUACGUGCAAGAUGAAACUGAUGAUAAAAAAAGAUUCUUGUACUGUACAUUCUGAAGAAACUAUUCAGAAAAAAAAAAUCUCUCACUCACAAUCUGUCAUUCUUUGCCUCUGGCCGUCCCAUCACUAUUCCUGUCUUUUUUUUCUACCUGUGCAUCUGUGUCACAUUCUGUCUUUUUAUACUUCGAUCUGCCAUCCCAUCGUUCCCUUCAUCUUUUUUCUUUUUUUUUUUUCUUGCAGUCUUACAACUGCAGGCAGAUUUAAACAUUGGUGCCGUGGUAGUGUGGAGCUUUCCCACACAAAUAAAGAAUUUCAAGAGAGCAACCCUUUUUGCAUGGAAGAAACAAAAUAAAUAUAGUAGUCCACCUUCGCAGUUAUGGAGGGGGUCCUCAAGGGUGGACGUUUGAGAAAAACGUUUCUAUUUAUUGUCAUGGCAACAGGCCCUACCGAGCUCUUGUGGUACAUGAAGGGAAUUUAGUUUUCAUUGUCAGCACUCAUUUAGAAAGAAUUGAGGACAGAGAGGGGGCACACAACAUGAAAACUAUGUCUCCGUUUGAUCUCUGGAGGAGUCACGUGGGGUUGGGGAAACGGGAAAAAACAAGGGCUAGCAAUGCAGCCGGGCAGCUAAACCGAAUCAUGUUAUUAAGCACUGCAAAAAUCACAAACCCUAUCUUGAAAAAAGGGCAGAAAAACAGCUGCUGAAUUUAGCAACAAACUCAAGUUUGUUGUACACAUCUGUCUUAUCCUUCCCAGAUGGCUGUAACAAAGAAGAACUAGAGACUUGAGAGAGAGAGAGAGAGAGAGAGAGAGAGAGAGAGAGAGAGAGAGAGAGAGAGAGCUAACGAGUGAAAAGGAGACUGAGAGAGACAGAAUUUCAUUUAAGGAUUGUUUUGACAGGGAAGGUUUUGGUACCAGUUAACAUAUUUUAGCUGUGUUGUUGAAAGACAAGGGCAGGAGUUCUCAGCUUCAUUGUGUAUGGGAAGAUGAAAAGAUACAAGCUUGUAGGGGGGCAUGUGAGUCAUCUCUCUGUAGUUUUUUUUUAACCAAUAUAACUGUAUUGCUCCCUACAGAAUACACCACUGUCAGGUGUAAUUGUUUUUUUGUUUUUUGUUUUUUUUAAAGAAGCAAGAGAGGCUUUUAUUGCCUUCUGUUCCUGGAAGUACAUUUCCGCCAUUUUCCUGUGAGUGCCAUGUUUUUUCAGAGCUGCUCAGACCAUUUCCUCUCUCAGCCUGGGCUUUGCUGUGGUUGUCCGUGUUUACCGUAUGGCACGUUUGACAGUUUUGAGUCGGUGAGAGUAGUUAAGAGUUGCCAAAACAGAUGAAAGGGAGUGUAGUAGUAAUCACAGCAGUACUCCUCACUCACACCUUGAGGGCAGCUUUGAUUUUACUUCAUAAUGUUUUUGAUGGUAAUGGUGUCUUUUAAAAAUCAAAUUGUUCUCCUCACAACCGGGUGCAUGCGUGCUGUUUGUGAAGAAGAGGAGGGUUAUUAUUGUCCCGAGUGCCAUGUGGUGAACCCUUGUCUUUUGGCCUGUAUGAAUGGUCUAGCUCAGCGGUUCCCAAACUGUGGGUCCCGGACAAAAUUGACAUUGCAUAACGGGAAUAGGCGGGAAAUCCACAGGUUAACAGCUAACGUAAUUCCAUAAUUUGGUUAGUUACAGACUUGUAUGGUUAAUAGAUUUAUUUGCUGUCCUGUGGAUCUCUGGCAAUAUUAGCGGACAAACUAUUAAUGGAAAAUCUAGCAAUAUUGAUGGACGUUA